AUGAUAGUCCGGGUCUGUACAACCCCAACCAUCAAGUAUUAUUACACAUUUCAAAAGGAGACGUUAACUCAGCCACUUUAUACAGGCUCAAAACUUUCAUUUGUGAUUCCAAACGCCGUGGUGAUUGGUCGUAUGCCUUCUACUCUUGACAUUUUUCCAAAACAAAUGGAGAAACGAUUGUGUGAGCUCGCUUACCAUGCUCAACUGUUUCGUGAAUGGGCUUUGAAGACUCAACGUGAUGAAGGAAUCAAACUUAUAACUCAGUACAAAGUACAAAUACUAACCCGUUUUAAUACACAACAGGUGAAGAAAGAUGUCAGAUGGCAAAUUUUCGCAGCGAAGACUCGUUAUGUCAGAUUCCGUAAGUCACAAGCCAACAAUGAGCAAGAAGUCUACAUUCUUGUCAGAUGUCUGGAAUAG